AUGCGGCUCGGUCCGUUCAUUCCUCGUCGGGGCCGCCUUCUUUGCUGUGCGCUGCUGCUUCUGGCAGUGCUGGCUCCGCUGAACCUCACAUUUGGAAAGCCUCAGAGCACGCAGAAGGAGUCUUCAAGACCUGAACUGCAGGUCCUGGGCUUGCAUUCUGCUGACCUCUUCCCGGUCACAAACUUGAGCUUGCUUUCGUGGGUCACAUUGAUCUUCUGUCCACGAUGGCACCAUUUGAAAGCUGUUGCUCUCGUUGGUCCCGUCAUCAAUGCCAUUACCUACACGUUUGUCAUCCUCUUCACUUUUUCACAUCCGGAUCCGAACGUUGUAUCUGACAUCACGAGCUUGGAGGGCAUAUCUACGGUGUUUCGCAACAGUGAUGCCGUGUUUGCGGGCUGGUUGCACUACUGCGUCUUCGACCCAUUGAUCGGACUUGGCGAAGUUCUCGACAGCCAACAGACAGGUGUGCCACACUUGUUUGUGGUUCCAUGUCUUCUGCUGACCAUGUUUCUGGGUCCCAUGGGCUUCCUCCUCUAUCUUGCUGCGAGGGGGUUGACCAUGUACGUAAAAGAUGACGGAUACACUGUACAGUAG